GCGCACCUUGCUGCGCGAGCUGGUUCCGCCCAGAUCAGUGUCGGGUAGGGAGAAAGCGCUCGAGGACACCGUAAACAAACCCUGUUAUUUACAGAGACAGUACCGCUCUCUCUCUCACACACACACUGCUGCUGGGUUAUGAAACACGGGGCUUCACAACAGUCGAACCGUAUUUGUUGAACUACUAACAGAAGUUUAAUCUGCGGUAGGUGCUAGCAUAAAGCUAACAGCUAGCCUAGCUGGCUGUGGUGUUUCCGGGCCGGAUCUGCCUUCUCAUGCCCUGCUGCCAGCUGACGGAACAUGGUGUCGUGGAUCAUAUCGAGGGCCGUGGUGCUGCUGUUUGGAACCUUGUACCCAGCAUACUACUCUUACAAAGCAGUGAAAACUAAAAAUGUAAAAGAAUAUGUCCGCUGGAUGAUGUACUGGAUUGUGUUUGCACUUUAUACUGUAGCAGAAACCAUCGCGGACCUCACCGUAGCCUGGUUUCCACUCUAUUAUGAAAUCAAGAUUGCCUGUGUGAUCUGGCUCGUGUCUCCCUACACUAGAGGAGCCAGUUUAAUCUACAGAAAGGUCCUACAUCCUCUACUGACUUCGAAAGAAAGGGAAAUCGAUGACUACAUUGUUCAAGCUAAAGAGCGCAGCUACGAAACAAUGCUUCACUUCGGCAAGCAGGGCCUAAGUAUAGCAGCUACCGCAGCUGUCUCUGCAGCUGUCAAGGGCCAGGGCGCCAUCACCGAAAAGCUGAGAAGUUUCAGUAUGGCCGACCUCACCCAGAUCCCGCAGGAUGAUGGGGGUGGCGAGCAGUACCCAUCCUACACAAGCUCCAAUCCUGCCAGGAGAGCAAUAGCUUCCACCCAGCACGACGGAGCCGAUUAUUAUUAUGAUGAUGCUGAUGAGGAACGAGUUGACGAUGAGAACGAGUCUUUUUUCUCUGAAGACGAAGCCGUAACUCAGCGCGGCCUCAGGCGAUCUCAAAGCACCAAAGUCACACGCUCCAAACUUCGCAAAGAUCCUCGUUAUGGAUCUCUGAAGAUUAAAGGGAGACGGAGACCUGCACUGAACGCAACGACUUAUACCAGCCCUGACCAGUGACUACUGACCCUAUAGAGCUUCAUCUACAGAAACCUAAUGAGUGUUAAUAUUCUCCUCUCCUCUAAGUGGCUGUGGGCUCUUUCAUCAUUCAUGCCAAACAUCCAGUAGGUUUUUAAGGCUUCAACACUAUUUAUUUCUGAACUUCAGAGUUAACCAAACAAAUGACAUGAGCUUGUAUAUUGCAAGAAUAUUCAGAGAGAAAAUGCAGUGUGAUGUUUUGUGCUGAAUGUAGAUGUUGUUCUUAUGACGUAGCCCAGGGCCGUCCAGUCCGCAAAGGGCCGUGUGCUGCAGGUUUUCGUCCCGAUCGAGCAGGACACACACCUGACUCCACCUGUUUAAUCACUUCAUCUUGGCCUUCAGUAGACUCAGGUGUGGCUUCUGCUUGUUUGGAAUGAAAACCUGCACCACACAUUGACCCUUUCUGGAUAAAACUGGACAUCCUUGCUGUAGCCUAUUCUGAAUUUUUGAAUUCAGUUUGGCUUUUAGUAUUUUAAAUUGUAUUUACUAUGUUUUCUAAAGUGUUCAAAACUAAAGGUGUAUUCCUAUGGAGGUGGGUUUUUAUACUCCUGUAUCGUUUGUAUGUUUCUUAUGCUGCCUUUUUUUUUUUUUUUUUUGCCUUUUAGUUUUUUAUUCACGUAGAUUUUUCCAAUUGCUGAUUAGCUAAAUCAUUGUCAUACCAACACACUUGAAUACAAUCAGACCAAAAGUGUCCUUUCUCCUGAAAGACAUAAAGAAUAAAGUCAGUGAAAAGGUACAACGUAAUUUUGAUGGAUAUUGAUGAUUUUAUAAAGGCUAAUAAAAAAAAUUUGAUUUUGAAUAUUUAAAGGUUUUGUACGUCAUCUCAAUGCAGAAUGUAUUCUUUACUGGGAAAAGGACCACAUGCUGUAACUUCAUACCAAAGUGAUUUAAUCCACUGUACCUGGUGGAGGAUAAAUCUAGUUUUGUGGUGUGUAUGUGCCUAAACUGAAUGUUCCAUUCUAAGUUAAUGUACUGGUGCAACUGAAUAAACUUUGUGAGUUUGCCAUUGAA